AGUGUGCGCCUCACGCUUUAGCUUUAUUUCAGAACAUUAUCUAUGUAAAUUGGCGAAAGUUUCCAACGGUAUAACUUAACUACAUUGGAACCAAUGGCACAACAACAAGCAAUAGUUGAAUUUAAGUUGGUGUUGGUAGGAGAUGGAGGCACUGGCAAAACGACUUUCGUAAAAAGACAUUUGACAGGAGAGUUUGAAAAGAAAUAUGUUGCCACACUGGGAGUAGAGGUGCACCCUCUGUUGUUUCACACAAGUAGAGGAGCCAUUAAGUACAAUGUGUGGGACACAGCUGGUCAAGAGAAGUUUGGAGGUUUGAGAGAUGGUUACUACAUCCAAGCUCAGUGUGCCAUCAUAAUGUUUGAUGUAACUUCUCGAGUCACCUACAAGAAUGUGCCCAACUGGCAUCGUGACUUGGUUCGUGUUUGUGAAAACAUUCCCAUUGUCCUUUGUGGCAACAAAGUGGACAUCAAAGACAGAAAAGUUAAAGCUAAGAGCAUUGUGUUUCACCGCAAGAAGAAUCUGCAGUACUAUGAUAUCUCUGCCAAGAGUAAUUACAAUUUUGAGAAGCCUUUCCUUUGGCUUGCGAGGAAACUGACUGGUGACCCUAACCUUGAAUUUGUGGCAAUGCCGGCCCUCGCCCCACCAGAGAUCAUCAUGGACCCAUCUAUGGCUGCCAAGUACGAAGAAGAGCUUAAAGUUGCAUCAGCAACUGCACUCCCAGAUGAAGAUGAUGACCUCUAACAUGUUUAUCCUUAGUCCCUCUUGAUCAUGGAUAGGAAGUUGAAGUUUUGCCCCCUUACUGUAAAGUUCCCUGAGAUAUUUUUUUUAUUUUUGGAUUAUUUUUGUUUUAAAAUGUAAACUCAAUGGAAAAGUCGUGUUUCUCAUUUCACUGUAUGACACACCCUCUUGUUGUUUGGCAUGGCAAUGUGCUGAUCAUCAUAUAGCAUCCUCUGCCGCACUUACCCAGCUCACAUAAUGCUGUUGUAUGGAUUGAAAGAAGCAUUAGGGGGAGUAAACUUUGAAUAAAAACAAUUCUCAGUA